GGAAGUAGAGGGCUGGUGACCGGAAGUGGCGUGCGGCUGGUGGUGGGAGCCGGGCGGUCGCUUGCCGCGGGCUGCUGGGAGAGCCGGGGCAGCCGCAGCGGCCGGCGGGGAGCGAGGCAGGGGCGGUGCGCGGCGCAGACUCUUCCCCCCGGCAACCGGGGCCGCGGAGGGCGGGGGCCGGGCAGCGCCAUGGCGGAGGCGACGGCGACUGCGACAGCGGCGGCCGGUGGGAGGGCAGCCAGCGCCACCGUGACCGAGACCGUCACCAUCGAGCCGGAGAACCGCAGCCUGACCAUCAAGCUGAGGAAGCGAAAGCCAGAUAAGAAGGUGGAGUGGUCAAGCGACACGGUGGACAACGAGCACUUGGGCCGUAGGUCGUCCAAAUGCUGCUGCAUCUACGAGAAGCCGCGGGCCUUCGGCGAGAGCUCCACGGAGAGCGAGGACGAGGAGGACGAGGGCUGCGGCAACGCCCACUGCAUCCGGGGCCACAGGAAGGGGGAGCACGGGGGCCGGGGGGGCGGCGGCUCCGGGGGGGGCAGGGGCAGCCCCCGCAAGGCCGAGCCGCCGGGCCAGGACCACGCUGCAGCCAUGCAGCACUGAGCCCCCCCACCCCGCCGGACUGACCCGGGGACGCGGGCGUGUGCGUCUGUCCGUGAGCCUCGUGGCCUGCGAGCUGCUGUCGUCCGUCCGUCCGUCCCGCCCGGUGCCCCGGCGUGGAAUGUACCAAGCGACGGGCCGGCUGCGUCUCUGUGCUUCUCCAUUAAACGUCUGUGUCAGUGACCACGAGCGGCCGCGGCCUGCUGCUUUCUGCGGGGGGGCACAGCUAUGCUGGUGCCCCCUGAUCCUGACGCGCUGCCCCCUGCUGGCCCAGCCCUGGGCUUCUCCCCACAGCUCUGCCAGUGCCCCUCACUCCUGACCGGCAGCCCCCUGUUAGCCCUGCCCUGCUAGUGCUCCCACUCCUGCCCCACAGCCCCCUGCCAGUCCAGCCCCUCCCUCCCCCAGCCCUGCCAGUGCCCCUACUCCUGCCCCACAGCCCCCUGCCAG